AAGAAGGAAACCCGGAAGUAGGAUGUGUUUUCGUUUUUGUUGCGGCGGGAAAUCCUGUUGAGGAAGUAAACAAACUAACGUUACGUGGUGAGACAUUUCGACGAUGCCGUCCAAACAGCAGGAUGCGAUCAAAUCUGACAUCUCCCCAGUUCUGUUCAUGACCGUCGAAGGUGAACCCAUGUCUUUCUUCUUGCGGCCGGGUCCUGCUAAACGCAAGCUCCAGCCGCUCAUCAUGUCUGGAGGAGGGAUGUUGUCCAAAGUACAGCAGCCAGGGGCGAUCCUGCUGAUCGACCCAGAGGAGAGAGCCUCUAUACCUGAAACUGCUGCUCACUGGUACGUGUCCACGCAGUACAUUUACGACUGUAUUGAGAAGGAUGAGCAGCUGAAUUUAGAGGACUACAGGUUAAAUCCUGGUGCGGCUCCGAGACAGUCUGCUCGACUCAACAAAACCAAAGAGCCGUCUCCUGGACUCUCAGGAGGCAGGGUUCCCUACACCACUGAAGAUGAUGUUGCCAUUUUGAGUUACGUUAGCAAGCACCUGAAAGAGACUGGGGGAAACCGGCUCUGGCAAGAGAUGGAGAAGCAGCAGGUGACAAGUCACAGCUGGCAGUCGAUGAAAUACCGUUACAGAGUACAACUGGCAAAGAGACAGUCUGAGGUGAUGGAGGCGGAAACAACUGAGGACGACACCAAGGCAGCAGCAGAGGGAGAGACCAAGGUAGAAGGAAACCAAGAGACAGAUGUUGAAAAGCCCUCGAGUGCAGAAGAUGCUGCUUCUCCUCCGACACAUCCGGCAGCAACAGAAGCUCCUCCGACACAUUUAACAGCCACAGAAGCUCCUCCGACACAUUUAACAGCCACAGAAGCUCCUCCGACAAAUUCAGCAGAAUCAGACCUAACACAGAUAGAUGUCCAGUCGAUACCAGCUGAAAGCACACAACCAGAAACUGUAGAAGCUCAGACAUCCAUUUCUCCUGAAGACAAAGUGGAACAUGUGAACCCACUGACAGAUGAACAACCAGCUGAGAGCGCACUAGUAGAAAAUGGAGAAGCUGAAACAUCCGACUCCCCCCAACCUGAGGGAACGUGUUUGGACCCACGCACAGAAGCUCAGCCCAUUCCGGCUGAGAGCGCAGAAACAGAUGAAACACAAACAAUCAUCUCUCCACAAAAAGACAGUGUGCCAGAGGACUCUCCUCCAGCUCAGCCCGAGUCCCUGUCCGACACCUCCUCUCAGGAAAAGCCCAAAGAGAAGCAGAAGGCCUCUCCCAAGCCUGAGCAGCUGCAGCGUCGAUUAACACGCAGGCAACUGGUGCUCGAGGAACCAUACGGCAAAAAACUCAGAUCAUCAGCAAAUUCUCCGUCGUCAUCUCCCCAGCCCUUAAAGAAAACAAAACCAGCUGUGAAGUCGCCUCUUCAAAAAGACACAGCAGAGCAGCCGCCUGCUAAGAGAGCCAGAGGAAGGAGUGUCACAGCUGCUGCGGAGAGUCAACAGGAGGAGAGUGGACAUGCUGCCGUCUCUGAAACAGCACAAGCAGACGUGGAGUCAAACUCAGUGCCACAGGAAGUAGAGAAGAAGAAAGAAAAGAGAAAGUUGGGGAUCCUGGAGUUGGCUACGAAGGAGUUUGAGGAUGAAAGUGAGUCCGAGGAGGACCGAGCCUCAGAUCCCCAAACUGAAACAGUGACUACUCAACCCACAUCAACAGAACCUCCACCCUCCACGUCAAACAAAGCUGCAGAAGCUGCUCCCGCACAGUCCAACCCUGAACAUGUACCCAGCCUUCAGGAGAACGUGCAAGAGGCCCAGGCCACCAGCAGCAACUGCCUACCAAAGACAGGCUGCCCUGAUGCUGUGGCUGCUCAGCCUGCUGCCACUGAGGCUGUCAGUGCACCCUCCAAGGCCCACCUGUUCAUAUUCGACAGUGAAUCUCAGGAGGACGACUCUCAGUCCAUUAUUUGUGCAAAUCCUAAAGCUCCAUCCAAACCACAGCCAGCAGUGAGCCAAGACGCCGCAUUUUCACUGACUCAGGUCCAGUUGGAGGAGGACAAGCAGCGAAUCAGAGAGCUGAUGAAGCAGACAAACCAGGACUUGAUGAGUGUGACCAAAGCUCUGUUGAGGACCAGCGGAGACUUCUCUGCUGCUCUGGAUCAGCUCUUGAAUCCUUCCUCCAUUUCAGGACCACUUUGGAAUCACUGUGACGACAGUCUUUUGGUCUUAGCUGACCCCGUCGGCCGACAGCAGCUGCAAGAGAAAUACGGUGAGGAGGGCGUGGCCAAAAGAAUCAUGUUCCUCGAGGUAGAGGGAUGAAAAGAAAGACAGGUCAGUGGAAGUGGAGAGGAGGAUAGCAGAUCUGGACAUAAGGAGUGUACUUUGUAUAUUUAAGAUAAAACAUCAAAAACAUUCAAGGUUUAAACCAGAUGAUUUAUCUUUUAAAUGUUUUUAUGUAGAUUAAAUAGAAACUAUGAUUUAUGCCGUACUCUAUACUUUUAAUGUGUUUUAAUAUGAAAUUACUAUUUUAUUUGUUUUUAAUUACGUCAAUGUUGGUUUUAUGAAAUAA